AAUUGGAGGAAAAUUUUAGAGAGGAGAGGAAAGUAAAAUUCAAAGCGAAAGAGGCCUUCUCAGAGUCUAAUGUCAUUGAUUGAUUUGAUUUGUCUAUAUAAAUAACCUAACCAAAAUCGUUAAAAAAAGACUUCCCUAUACCGAAGCAUGUCGAGGAUGGAGCGCACCGUGUUCGGCGCCUUCGAUGAUCCGGGCGUCUCGAUCUUCGCCACCGACGCCCAGGAGCCAAUCCCCAAUAUGCUGACAUAUAUGAAACCCUUGCCGCACAAUGCCUGUGACGACGGCAUGGACGCGUGUCCGAUGGUGAAGCAGGCCUCUGGGGCGGAUCGCUAUCUGUACCGCCUGGUCAAGGCACAGGUGGAUGAGGUGGCCGCCGAACGCCACAAGUCCAUUCUAUCGCAGCAGCGGGAGCGGCAGGAGCGAAUGGAUCACGAAAUCACAAAGGGCCUGGCAGAUGAGCUGCACCGGCAGCAGGUGGAGGCCAGCCGAUGCCUCCAGAUCCAGCUCAAUGUGCCCGAGAUGCGGGACCUCAGAGUAGAGGUGGAGCGAGCACAGACCGCGCUGGCCGUGAAGGAAACUAUCCAGACCAUUGCCAGGGAAACGGCGGAGGAAAAGCAGCGGGAACGCGCCGAGGCUCUGGCGGCACAGCGUGCGCUGGAUCAGGAAUGUUCGGAGGAAAAGCGACAGCGCCUUCAGAAGAAACGAGCCUACGGCAUUGCUCUAAUGGCGCAGAUGACGGAGACACGCUCCAACCGGCUGAAGGAUCAGCGCAAGGCCAACGAGGAAGGUCGCCGCGAGUUGCGGGAGUGCGAGGAGAAGGUGGCGCAGGGCGUUAAACAGGAUGCGCUGAACAAGGCACAUCAACGCCAGAUGCUUCAGGAGGCACAGUUACAGUCGGAGGCCAUGUUGAAGGCCACCCGGGAGGCCAAUGCGGCCUGGCAGAACCGCCAGGGCAAGGAAAGGGGUAUCCUGGACGGCCUGGGACCCAUGACGGACCACUUUACCUCAGCAGCGCGAAAGCGUCGCCAGGACCUGGCAAAGGCUCGGGAGACCACCGCCGCUCGCCUGGGCUUCCAACUGAACCGCAUCCGGCAGGACCGAGAGGCACGUGAUCAGCUGAUCAUCAACCUCGGCAUCGGAGAGUUUGAGGCCAGGGAGUACGAGAUGGCGAUGGAUCACGCCAAGAACAAGCUGCCUCGCAAGCGGGAGAUCCGAGACCAGUUGCUUGCCCAUCGCGAUGAGCAAAAGUUCGUCCGGGACAAGGCUGUCCAGGAGGCCCUUAACCGCCCCAAGGAUCCCACAUGCUUCGGUGAGCGACAGAAUCGCAUUCAAGUGGAUCAGCAGGAGAGCCAUAAGCGCCAGGCCGUGCAGCACUGUAAGGACUUGGAGAAGAAGGCGCUGGAGGACAAAGCACGCAAGGUCAUCGAAGCCGAGGAGCAGCGGGUCAUGAUUCAGUCCAUCUACGAUUACCAGAUCCAACAGGAUGCCUUUGUGACCUCCGAGCGGAUGAAGCUCCUUGCCAGUCAGCCGGUCGAGGUGCUGCGCGCCAUCAAGCCCUCCUGCCUCACGGAGAACGAGCUCAAGGCCUUUAACCUGAAGCAGUGAUCACAGCGACCUUAUACUCCAUUCAAAGCCCCAGACUCUACACCCAACUCCUACAAAUGUGUAAAUUCCUAUUUUGUGAUUCAUGUUUUUUUUUUUCAAAAUUUAUGUUGCAUUAAAUGAUGAAUUUUCUUGUA